GGUUUUGUUUAUUCUCGAAUGCUCCAAACAAAUCUCUGGAAUUCAAUCGAUCGUUUCAAAGAGUGGCCUAGUCAUAAUUGAGUUGCUAUCCUUAUAUUACAGUCACAUUACAUUGGAACAAAAUCAUAUUAGAAGGAAAGUUUUAAACGACAAUUUUGGAAAUGCCAGCUGAAGACGGUAAAUUUGAUUCGGUGUUGUUUUCGCUGGCCGAACAGCACCCGGGUGGAGUACCGGACUUACUAGCGACUAUUGCUGGAUUCCUAAACCGAAAGACAGACUUCUUCGUCGGUGGCGAUGAAGGUGAAUGGGAAAAACUAGUAUUGAAAAUUUUCCGAAAGGAAGCUGCGCUGGCUCAGGAAGUUGCCAGGAAGAAACGUGAGGAGCGAGAGGCAGCUGAGCGUCGCCGAGCAGAAGUUCGCCGGAAGAAAGAGGAGGAGGAACGCCUUCAGCAGGAACAGCAACAAUCUGCAGCAAUAACGGAACUUACGGAUGCCGAAGCGGAGACUAUGCAAAAAGAUAUCGAAGCGCAAAAAAACAAAGAAACUAAGGACAAUGAAACAGAUUCCUCGACUGUGGAUUCAACAGUCAAAGACGACGAUGAAGAACCAGAGGACAAAGGAAAACUCAAACCAAAUCGCGGAAAUGGAUGUGAUUUGGAAAAAUAUCGAUGGACUCAAACACUGCAAGAAGUUGAGCUGCGUGUUCCAUUCGACGUGAAAUUCACGCUCAAAGCAAAGGAUAUUGUGGUCACAAUCCAGCGGAAGGCGUUGAAAGUUGGGCUCAAGGGUAGUCCUCUGGUGAUCGACGAUGAACUUCAUGGGGAAGUGAAAAUAGAAGAAUCUUUGUGGCAUUUAGACAAGAACACUGUUGUUGUCACUUUGGACAAAGUGAAUCAGAUGGGAUGGUGGGAGAAGCUGAUAUUGACAGAUCCACCUAUUAACACUCGUAAGAUUAAUCCAGAAUCAUCGAAACUGUCUGAUUUGGAUGGAUCGACUCGUGGAAUGGUAGAAAAGAUGAUGUAUGACCAAAGGCAGAAGGAAAUGGGUCUGCCAACCAGUGAUGAACAAAAAAAGCAAGACGUACUGAAAAAAUUUAUGGAACAACAUCCUGAAAUGGACUUUUCCAAAUGCAAAUUCAACUAAGGAUGAUAUAAAAUAUUGUUUACAGUUUAUGAUUAUUCGCGAUUCGUUCCUAUGAACUCAAAACAUGUAUCAUGCAUUAAAAUAUAAUAAAAAUCAAUGAUUGAUU